CAAAAAUCAAUUCUGAAAUGCCUCCCCAGCGCACCGACCUCCUGGGUGCUGCUCGUGCCUUCUGCGACGCCUUCGCCAACAAGCAACCCAUAGACAAUAUCCUCUCAUCCUUCGCGGAUGCGCUAGACACACGCUGCAUCGAAUACGGAACGGACUAUGUCGCCCCCUUUCUCGGCCGUCCGUUCACCGGCCUCGAUGGGGCAAAGGAAUACUUCACGAGAGUCAACCAGAAGCUGACCUAUAAGGACAUGCACUUCUCCGAUUUCAUCGUCGAUACCGACGAACUCAAGGUCUCCGUCAAAGGCAGUGCAACUUUCACAAGUAAAGAAUACGAACGAAGUUGGGACGAGGUGUUUACAUACCGAUUCGAAUUCGACGAGCAGCUAAAGAUAAAGAGCUACGAGGUCUGGGGAGACACUGCCGGCCUGUGCUUUUCCGUCUGGUACAAUGAGAUGAUAGCUGAUACUGGUAUGGGUCUUUUGGGGGACUACUAAUAGUGAACAAAAAUGUAUAUGUUACAUGUAUGCGAGAAUCCAAAGAAAUGAAAAGAUAGAGAAAUGAACAGGAAAUCGAUUCAUAUUGCCCUCCCGAUAUCAGGGUCCGAUGUAUCACCGACGUUCCCAUUACUCGCCCC